UUCUAGGAUUCUGUAUUCAUCUGAUAUAAAUCUUAAAGAAAUUGAGGAGCUGUUUAUGAGGAAAAUACAAGAAAGCAACACUACUACUCUUCAGAAUGCUCAAAACAAUGUUAAUUGUCUUGGACAAAGCAAAAGAGCACCACUUGAUCAGAAUAGUCCAAGUGGAGCUGUGCAGAAAGAACUUGUUUGUCUGUCUGGUAUUCAGGAAGAAAUUCCAGAAGCAGUCGUUGAUGCAGAAAGCGACAAAGCAACUGCAGGUAAUUCUGAAGUAGAAACUGCAUCUGUGUUAGGAGAAGACUUAUUGAUGCUCUACAAGAAGUGCUGUUGUCCAGAUAUUAAUAUUUGCGUAGAAGGCAAAGAUUUUCAAGCUCACAGGUACAUAAGUAUUUACAGUACAAAGUUUUUCCAUCAAUAACCGUCUGGUAUAAGAUGCUGCUGUUACUGUGCAUCCAUAGAAGUUACUGCUGGUGCUAUUCCCUAGCUGUGAGCCCUUACAGCUUUUAUUUCUUAUGUGCAGAGUGGCUGUACUUUGAUACUAAUGAAUACAAUUUAUCAUCAACAGCAACUACUUUGAAAAACAACUGCACUUUUAGCACUUCUAAGAUUGCCACUCACAUUGUA